UUGGUAGGUUCCCACGACUCCGUCUCCAGCUACUCCACUGUCCAACACCACGCUCCAGCCGUCCAUGCAUAUGCAGCUCACUCUCCAGCCGUCCACACAUACGCAGCUCAAGCUCCCGUUGUCCACGCCUACUCCGCACCGGUAGCCCACGCUUACGCUGCUCCAGUAGCCCAUGCCGUACCCGUAACCAAGACCGUCAUUGCCGAAGCUGAAGCACCAGCCCACUACGAUUUUGGCUACGCCGUAAGCGACCCUCACACCGGUGAUUCCAAAAGCCAACAUGAAUCAAGACGUGGGGAUGUUGUACAAGGAAGCUACUCCCUGUUGGAAUCCGAUGGAACCAAACGUACCGUAGACUACAGCGCUGAUGCCCACAACGGUUUCAACGCCGUCGUACACAAAGAACCUGCUCAUGUAGCCGUCCAUUCUAUAGCCCCCGUUGUCGCUAAAGUCGCCGCUCCAGUAGCUUACGCUUCCGCCCCUGUAGCUCACGCCUACUCCGCCCCAGUAGCUCAUGCUUACACUGCUUCAGUAGCUCAUGGUUAUGCUGCUGGUCCCGUAGCUCACGCCUACAGCUCUCCUGUAGCUCACGGUUACGCUGUUGCACCUGUAGCUCAUGCCUACAGCACUCAAGUAGCUCAUGAAUACGCAGGUCACGGAUACGCAGCUCAAGCUCCAGUUCUUUCUCAUGGAUAUGCCGGUCAUGGUUAUGCCACCCAUGGUCCAGUUGUCAACGCACACAAUGUCUGGUAA